GUGUCAGUAUCUCAAUGAUAAACCCACCAGAGUUUACUUGUUUACGAAGAUAAGUAAUGAAGACGUCAUUAAAUCAAAUGAAUGCUGAUCUGGUAUCACAAGUAUCUUAGUAUUUUGAAAUUGUUCCAGUAAUUGAUUAAGCAAUCAAACAGAUUGACAGUUUUAUUCAGUAAAUAUGGUAAAAGCGAAAGUGUUUAUUUUCGAGCAUUAUUUUGAUGGAUAUCCAAAAGAAACCGACUUGAGAUUGGUCGAAGAAGAACUUCCACCAAUAAAAGAAGGAGAAUUUCUAGCUGAAGCAGUAUUUCUAAGUGUUGAUCCUUACAUGAGGGCAUAUUCUGUUAGACUUCCAUUGGGGAUACCUUUCAUUGGAGCACAAGUAGCUAGAAUCAUAGAGAGCAAAAAUGUAGAUUUUCCAGUGGGCCGAUAUGUAUUAGGCAACUUUGAUUGGAGAUCUCACACCAUUUGUGAUGGCAAAGCUCUCAAAGGCCAUAUGUUCACACAGGAUCCUUAUAUAUUACCCGAUUUUGGAGACCUGCCUGUCUCUUUAGCUCUGGGAAUAUUGGGAAUGCCAGGGAAUACGGCCUACUUUGGAGUCACAGAAGUAUUGCAACCAAAAAAAGGUGACACCGUAGUAAUAUCUGGAGCCGCAGGAGCUGUAGGAAACAUUGCUGGUCAAAUAUGCAAAAUCAUUGGUUGUACUGUAAUCGGAAUAGCAGGAUCUGAAGAAAAAGGAAGAUGGCUAGUUGAUGAAUUAGGGUUUGACUAUUUCAUCAAUUAUAAAACACAAAACUUAGAAGAGGCAUUAAAAAAAGUAGCUCCACAAGGAAUUGACUGUUACUUUGAUAAUGUAGGAGGAGAUGUAAGCUUUACCAUUAUGAACCAAAUGAAUCGAUUUGGAAAAAUUGCUGUAUGUGGUGCAAUAUCUGGAUAUAAUGAACAAAAUCCGAAAAUUCUACCAUUACAAUACACCAUGGUAUUCAAUGAACUGAAACUUCAAGGCUUCCAUGUACACAGAUGGUUGAAUCGAUGGAUGGAUGGAAUCUUACAGAAUUUGGAAUGGAUUAAAGAGGGAAAGCUAAAAUAUCACGAAACUGUAACGGACGGUUUUGAAAACAUGUUUAAAGCCUUUCUGGGUCAGAUGAAAGGAGAGACAGUUGGUAAACCAAUUGUAAAAGCCUAAGAAAUAUCAGUAGAAUUCAGGAUAAUGGAAGUUUGACAGAAAAUUGAUCUGUGUUCAUGGUCAGAGUUGGAAUAGAAUAAACUCUUUGAUUUUA